UCGCACUCACACGACACCAAAGACAUCAUACCUUCGAUGGAGGUCUGUUUUUCCUUGGACUCCUAGGAAAACGAGCUACCAAUGGCUUCAGUGUCAGGCCACGAGUGCGUAGAUCCGUUUCGAAAACUGAUAGAUCUCCAUACUACUUACUUGAGGUCCUGCGGUCUCUGGCAAAUUAGUCCAAGUAAUUCACGGUUUCUGCGAUGGGCGUACUUUGGUUGCAAAAUUUUGAUGCUGACGACGAUGUACGUCUUUAUGAUGACCAUCUUCGCAGACAUCUGGUCGAACAUAGACAACAUGGCGAUCACCACCGACGGCGGUUGCAUCUUGGCAGGAAUGGUUGUUGUUACUUUCAAAGCCAUGCAUUACCAAAUCCGACGUGGGAAAAUAAUGCGGUUGUUGGACGACACGUUCAAGUGCGCCGAUGAUCUGUGCGAAUUUUCAAACACCGACUGUAUUAAAGACAUUACCAAAAAGUACCACUUACGUAACCAAAUAAUCUUGCACGGAUUCAGCGGAGUAGGAAUUAUCCUAGCGAUCGCUCUGUUAUUUUUCUCCCCGAUGGAAGAUGGCUUACCAAUCAGAGCGAUGUACCCCUUCGACACAACCACAUCGCCCUGGCGCCUGGUUGGUUUCGCAGUAGAAGCAGUCGCUGUUUCAGGCGGUCUGAUCGCGAUUGUUUCAAUGGACUCUCUGAUGACUCUAGUAUGCAGUAUGCUUAGUAUGCUGUUCGACAUUCUCAACGUGAAUUUCGAGAACCGCAUCGAACAAGUGAGCAACACAGUUUGCAAAGUACGUAAUCACGAUGACACUUCGUACAUCGUGAAGAAAGCAGACGAUAGUUUCCUGCGUCGUUACAAGAAGUGUCUUCGGUUCCAUCAGCGACUGGUAGUUGCGACGAACGAUUUCAACAAGACCUACAGCUUGAGUAUGUUCGUUCAGAUGCUUUCGAGCACCUCGAUUAUUUGCCUGACCUGUUUUCAGGCUAUCGUGAAUGCUGUGGGGAAGAUGCGUCUUCUAGUUCUCGUCCUGGCGAGCUGCUUGAACGUUCUCGAAAUUACUCGUUGUCAAGAGCUUUCGGUCAUCAGGCACUCCGAUGGAGAUAUUUUCACGUUGGAAGGUUCCUGCACGGAGGCUUGCGCAGUUCUCAGCAGCGGUACAGCCAGCCCUUACACUCGCAGCCCUUCGACAGCAGGACUCGUUCACCCCAACAACACCUGCACUUGCCAGUGCAACUAUGGCCUGCCCACCUUCCGAGAGGAUCUUCACAUCUGCGUGAAUGAUAUCCACGAGUGCAACGUUGCGGGAUUUGUCAGCAGCACUGGCCAAGUUGAGAGGGUGCCUUACGUUUUUCUACCCCAACGCGGCCAGAUAAUCUACCCUCACGCAGAAAUUCGCUUCGAAGGUGUAACGACACCAGUCUGUGGUGUCGCUGGCGCUCAGCAAUUAGGUCGAACAGGAUGGUUGGAACUAAGGAACAUCUCGGACACCGAGCCGCCCUUUAGAUUGUUCCGUGACGAGGGCAGGACGUUUCUGCUGUGGAUCGGUGAAGCAGGUCUGAAAGAGGCAGCAGAAGGUCGAGUAGUGACAGCCAAACUGGUCUGCAGGGACGCUUCAUCGAAGUCGAAGCUUCCUAUUGUGUUCACGCCGUGCGUGGCUUUCAGGGUGGCUGGUUCGCCCUCGAAAAGCAACGUUCGAGAAGUGACGUUCUCUUCAACGACUCAACUCACUCAAGGGCUGUCCACCACCGAGUACACAGCCAUAGGUCUAUCCUCCGUGAUCCUGGCCUUGAUAUACAUCGCAAGCGUGUCUUUAUAUCUGCAUAGCAAGAAGGCCAGACGAAAAAUUAUCGAAGAACCAGAAUUGAACCUGUCACCUGGUCGAGAAGUGAGUGGAUUGGUGAAGAACAACCCACUGCUCGCUGCAUCUAGGCAUUUCGAGAGCGACGCCAACAGUGGUUUAACGGAAAGUGACCUUGGCGAUGAGCUUCCGGCCAGUGACGGAGAACAGGGCUUCGAGAACGUAACAUCGGCCGUCAUCCACCCUCACUGCGUUUAUUUGGAGCAGUCCGAGCUCUGCUUCGGUUCCGGCUCGAUUUUAGGUGAAAGGAUACCGGAAGAGGAUGUACGAGUCGUGGAAACCGCGGAAAAUCCCCAUCAGCAAGAUAUCCCUGUACUGCCCGGGGCACAGAGGAGAAAAUUAUACUUCAACCCAGCCUACUUCGACAGACAGUUAUUGCUGGCGCCCCCUCCAGCCGCCAUCGAGUUCCUUCUCAAGAUUCGGGAGGUUAUCUCUAUUGCCAAGCACAAAAUGGCCGCCAAGAGAUACGUUCCUACCCUCAAUGGUAUACCAGAAGAGGAGAACAGCUCGGACCGAUGCGACUCCACAGGCAAGAACCAGCAACGAUCGUCGCCGAGUUCGGUUCAGGGCUCGACCGCGAAGUCGCGGAAGUCCCAGCGAUGCACCGGGUGUCCUGGCUGCACCGACUCCUUCACAGCCACGUCCACGCUUCCAGAGACCGAUCUACCGAAUCCAGGUGAGAGCAAAGUGCGAGCGUGGCUGGAGGACGUCAGGACGCCUCAGCGUCGCUGGCGAGACACGGAAGAGACCCGGAGGAACUUCCAAGAAAACACCAGCAGCUUCGCCAAAAACCUGGAGUACCUCAAGGAACUGGCCAAGCGAGACUUCGACUCGGAAGGGAGGAACCCAAAGGGAAUGGCUCUGUAUGCUUGGAAGGACAACACCACCUUGAAGAGCUACCAUCAGACGGCAAGGAGCGAGAUAAUCACGCCUGACGAUCGACACAGCAUUUCCAGACGAUCCACCAAGUCCAUGUUCGAAGAAACCAACUGCUACCGGGAAAAUGGCGAUUCGAGUGGGUCCAGCGGUGACGACGCCCUAAACGCGAAAGUUAGGAGGACUAUCGAGAAUUCAUUCAUCGAACAGAUGGAGGAGAAUGGUAUAGUCGAGCGGAAGGAAGACCAAGGAAACACUUCCCCGAAGACUCCUCUCGAAGACAAGGAAACAGAAAAGAUAGAAGCUGGCUCCAACUCGUCGCAAAGAUCAACAAAGAAGUCGAACGAAGGCUCAACUCGAACGAAGAAGGAGCUGCCUGACAUGAUAAAUGAGCUUCCAAACGGUAAUAAUACCGCGAAACGUAUCAUGGACGCUGUUAUUCGUGAAAUGGUGGGCACGAAGGUCCUGGAACAGCAGUCGAAGUCGGGGAACAUGGAUUACGAGGUGGACAGCUUGGAGCGUUCCAAGUCCAGCCGGAAGUCUUCGACAUCCCCUAUUUCUACUGACCAAUCCAGCCCUGCUCUGUCCACUGCUUUACCCAUGGACGAGGAACUGACCAUGCAAAACGCGGUGAUCAACACCAGGACUGGCGAGAUGACGAUCUCUAAGCUGAACAAAGACGUGCUUGAGAGGAACUAUUAUAACAGUCUUCCUGAAUUGAUUUCCUCGCAAAGAUCCGAGAGCUACUCCCUGGUGAGCGAGGUGUACGUAAACGACGGCUACGACAGCCCAGCCUGCAGCGACGACUCCGGUCCAGAGAUCCAAUACGAGCCAGAAAACCCUGGACACCUGACCAUCAAGGUCCAGGAUUCCCCUGACAACUACGUGAAACAGGAUGAAUCGGAGUACGAGCCAGAUACACUGGACAGAAAACCCAUGAAGCUGAAAAUCAACGACGACGUGAACUACGAGAAGGAGGUGCCCGACGAAGUCUACGUGGACUCCCUGGAGAGACCAGCUCAGAUCCUUCUUAAGAGCAAAGGCAGCUUUCGCGAUCAAACUUCGGUGAAGAGCGAUACGGGCUUGCAGCGCGGUUACGGCAGCCUCCGUGAGAUCUACGAGGCCAGAAUUAAGUCCAGUAUGAGGGACUCCAGUUUGACCAACAGCACCAACUCGUUGAACGACCAUUUGGAGGACACCAUGUCCUGGAAGAUGUGCAAGUACCUGACACCAGACAAUCGACAAGCGAAGAGACAACGACAACCGAGCAAUCAGCCCGACGUGGUCCCCAUGCCGCCUACGGAGGACAUUUAUCAAUGCCCCAAACCCCCUCGGCGGGUGAAGGACCUGAUACCGUCAACGAACUGCCAGAAAACGUCGUCUCUGUCAAAAAACGGCUGGGACAGGAGUCCUGCCGAAGCGGGUGACCCUACGACCAGCAACGGUGCUCCUGUCCCCAGCGACCAUUCCAACGUAGGGACCACUGAUCCUUGUUCCUGCGAGCCAAGCUUGGACGUCCACGUCAGGAACUCGGUUCGAGGGAAGUGGAAGACGGAGUUCGAGCACAGGACGCAUCCUGGGGACUCUGGUGACUGCAAGCAACGAUUUUCGACCUGCUGGAAGGACACUCGUCAAGAGGACAAGAGGAGACUUCUCUGUCAGUGUCAUCUCGGAGACAGAGGGCUGGAGAACUCUCGACAGAACCCUCAGAGAAGACGCCAAGAGCUGAGAUCUUGCACACGAGGGCAACCAAGGCUGUCCAGAAGCUGCGAAUCGAUGACUAACCCGAUGUGUCGAGUUCCUGGGUAUCAUCAGUUCCAAGGGAAGGUGGAGGACAGUGGCUAUCUAAGCAGCACGGAUAGCAACGGGUCGCAGAAGAGACUGCUGGGUCACGAAGUGUCCAGCGUCUCCGAGACUGAUGAAACGGAAUCUGUCUGCGAUGGCGCCAGUGAGAGCGGUGCCGAGAGCGUGGGAACCGAUAGUGUCUUCUUUGGGAAUUUUCGCAGAUUGUCGGCGUUCACUAGUUUCCCGAAGAGCAUGGAUUCUGGGGUCGAUAUUUGUCCCAGAAAUGCUUACAUUCAGCCUCUUAUAGUUAGAAACGAGAACGUGGAGAGGACCAACUUCAGCACAAGUGAUAGCGAAACGGAAAGCUUCAUCACCGUUCUACCACCACGAGAAACGAUCAGAGAGCCAAUUUGAGUUCGAUGGCUCUCUUUGAAAUUUGAACGAGAACGAGAUUUUCUAAACGUGAAUCCUGCUUGAUCAAACGAUUGCGGCCAGUACGUUUAAUUAAUGGUUAGUUCAAUUAAUUAAAUUUCGAACGCAACGCGUUCUGGAGUUCGUCAAGCGGGUAACAGAGUCUGCAUGAUUAACAAUCUCCAGGCUACGAAUAGGAGUGGCAUUAAAAUUUCGUUGGUUAUAUUAAAGCCACUGGUUAACUAAAGUAACUAGAAGUAGCUGCAGGAACGCUCUUGCACUUCGUAUUGUACAGCUUAUAUGUAUUAUAAAUCUGUUAUAGCGAAUGAUUAUGUUAUCAUUAAAUAUUAUUUAAAUUCAUAAUAUGAUUCACAGCGAAUUAUAGACGCCUAAUAUAUUUAUAAUAACGUGUGGUACGAAAACUACUACGAUAGUAAAUGUGGGGCAGUAUUUAUUUAAUACUUCUUAAAUAAGUUUAUAUGAACUUCGAACAAUCAUUUAGGUAAAUCAUUUAGGUAAUGAAAAUUACGGCUGACACUGCUUGAAAAUUGCCAUCGUAGUAUCGUAGCUUAAUUAUUAAAAUGGCCGAAUGUGCAAUAUUAGCUUGUAAAGGAAAGUAUAUAAAUAUAUAUAUAUACUGUUAAUAAGAAUAUUGGUAUCUUCAACCGCGACAAUUAGAAUUUUAUUUGCUAGUCGGUAUAAUAAUAAUUUCCUACGCGAAGAUAGAAAUACGCUAUAUAAAAUAACAUAAUAUAUAUUACCGCGCGCAAAGCGUAAUAAAUAAAGCUAAUAUACGUUUAUUUUUGUAAAAAUUUCAAUCUAAAUAAGGGAUUAAAAAUAAAAUCCAUUUAAACGUAUUUCAAAGUUUAUUACGAAC